UAUAUAUGCAAUAUGGCGGAAAAUGAUUUUCAACAUUUUUAUUUAAGUGUCGUAACACCUCUGUAUCUCUUACAAUCGAAGCAAAUACAACUACGUGAUGUCAUGAAUAUUAACAUGUUUCGUAAUUACGAGUCAUGUGGGAGUGAACAUGGAAUCGAGAUUGUAUUAGCAUUAUCGCUACUUACAUUAAUAUCAAUGCCGCGAUUGUGACAAUCCAAUCUAGUGUCCACUCGAGAAUACGCAUGUUGAUUGUAAAUAUGUUUGUGAAAAUCUAUCUCCUUAUUUUCAUGAUAGGCGCAAGUGCCGGUGUGUAUACGACAAUUAGCAGUAAAGCUAGCAAUGUUACGUUCAAGUAUAUGAAGGGACAGGUUGAAGGGGAGAGUGAUUUGCAUCACUGUAAACCUUACGAGGUAUGCAACAUAGUUCACGACCGAUUUUGGAUGUCCGGCUUGACAGAGAGGCUUUGCCACUGUCCUGAUGGAAGGGAAUGUCCGUGGCAAUGGACGAAAACUAUUGAUAAUUCAACCCUAUCACUCAAUAACAAAUCAAUUCUAAAGUUUUGCACAGAAAUAGUGUUGGAACUAGAUAUUUGCGCGCAUAGACAAGAGGCAGUGAUAGUGUACGGGGAAAGUGAUACAAAUAACAACUAUAUAAUACCAUACAAUGUAACAAUAAAUUGCAUAUGUCCGCAAACACAUUAUUGGAAAUUACAAAAAUACACGUACGAAGAGUAUGGUCUCAUUCAAGUAUUCAAGUGUGUCAAGAAAAGACUAUGUAAAACUUUGGACUUUUGCGGUUACAUACGAGCUGAUCUAUAUUCGACAUAUUACAGAUGCACAUGCCCAGAAAAACAUUUGUGCAUUUUCAAGGAUAAAACACAAGUAAAUGUACAGGAAUUGCUCUAUUCUGGGCCAGCAUACAUGGCUUACUGUCAUCGUUUGUAAAGAUACAAAGGUUGAUUCAACUCAGGUUCUACCCUAUUAUUAUGUCCAGCAUUGCUGUCGAUAUCUUUAACGGAUACAUCAAUAUGACUUGCGUUCAAGUAAUCAUCUGUUGCAACUUCUACAUCGAUAUCAGUAUCCUCUGCUACUAACGUAGUCUCCAACGGUGGCCUGUAGGCCUUUGGCGAAUCCUGGCCACCUUCCAUAGAAGUAGCAGCUUUUACAUCUUGAUUAACGAUUUGAAUCGUCUGUCCAUCAAUAUCUGUUGGUAUUUCCUCGAGUUGAAGAACUUGCAUCUGCACUACGUCUGACUGUUCCAUGGUAAAAUACCAAGAUACUCCAACUUUAUUAACUAAAUUAUACAGUGUUUCCCUGUCGAAAAGAACAAAAAGAAAAAUUAUAAUAAUUUCACGAUAAAUGUAACAUCUAUAUAUGGCAUGGUACAAUAUUUAUAAAAACUGUCAUAACCUAAUAAGCGAUAUAUUCGUUGCAGAUGCCGGUGAUCAUAUCAAUCACGUUGUUUUACAAUGUAUAAUUUCUUAAUUAAGAAUCUAGCAAUUCCGAAUUCUCAAA